AUGGGCAACCUCUUCUCCUUCUCCCUCGACGCCCUCUACAGCAGCUUGGCCUCGUUUCUCGGCAACCGCGAGAGCCGCAUCAUGAUCAUCGGCCUCGACGGCGCGGGCAAGACGACGUUCCUCUACAAGAUCAAACUCGGCGACCUCGUGACGACAAUCCCUACAAUCGGCUUCAACGUCGAGACGUUCGAGUACAAGAACAUCAAGUUCACGGCGUGGGACAUUGGCGGCCAAGAGAAGAUCCGCUCGCUCUGGAAGCACUACCUCUCCAACAACGACGCCGUCAUCUUUGUCGUCGAUGCGGCCGACGUGGACCGCAUUGACGAGGCAAAAGAGGCGCUGCACCUGAUCUUUGAGGCCGACGAGCUCGCGCAGACCAAGUUGCUCGUGUACGCGAACAAACAGGACCAGCCGGACGCGCUGUCGGCCGACGAGCUCCGGGAGAGACUCGAGCUGGCAGACGUGACGCAGAACCCCACGAGCGUCCAGGCCUGCGUUGCAACGACGGGCGAGGGCCUGUACGAGGGUCUCGACUGGCUGAGCAAAGCAGUCACGGGCGCGCUCGACGCGUAG